CAGGUAAAGAUGGCAGAGCGCAGUUACAGCUUUUCGCUGACUACAUUCAGCCCAUCUGGUAAACUUGUCCAGAUUGAAUAUGCCUUGGCUGCUGUAGCUGGAGGAGCCCCUUCAGUAGGAAUUAAAGCUGCAAAUGGUGUGGUGUUAGCAACCGAGAAGAAACAGAAAUCCAUUCUGUAUGAUGAGCAAAGUGUACACAAAGUGGAACCAAUUACCAAGCAUAUAGGCCUGGUGUAUAGCGGCAUGGGCCCAGAUUACAGAGUACUGGUGCACCGAGCCCGGAAACUAGCUCAGCAAUACUAUCUCGUUUACCAAGAACCCAUCCCCACAGCUCAGCUGGUGCAGAGAGUCGCUUCAGUGAUGCAAGAAUACACUCAGUCAGGUGGCGUUCGUCCAUUUGGAGUGUCCCUACUAAUAUGUGGUUGGAAUGAGGGGCGACCAUAUUUAUUUCAGUCAGAUCCGUCUGGAGCGUACUUUGCCUGGAAAGCCACAGCAAUGGGAAAGAACUAUGUGAACGGGAAGACUUUCCUCGAGAAAAGAUACAAUGAAGACCUGGAACUUGAAGAUGCCAUUCAAGCCAUAUUAACCCUAAAGGAAAGCUUUGAAGGACAGAUGACAGAAGACAACAUAGAGGUUGGAAUCUGCAAUGAAGCCGGAUUCAGGAGGCUCACUCCAACUGAAGUUAAGGAUUACUUGGCAGCCAUAGCAUAAUAACUGAGUGACUGAAAAAUCUGGAAUCUCAGAUAAUCCCUCUACUCAAACAUGUUUAAAGUAUGUUUUGUUUUGCAGA